AUGCUAGAUGAGGAGGUUGAAAUGAAAAGCGGCAGUGCCGUCCGAUCCACGGUUGCUGAUGGAAGCCCGCGUGGUGCUGCAAGCAGCAGCGUCGAGUACCGUCAGCGACAGAAGCUAGACCGAUACUUGAAUUUCUUCUCCUCCCUCGCGUCCUCUGCGACUCUUCUGGCGUCAUGGGAAUCGGCUGGAGGGAGCCUGCAGGCCGGUCUUUUCAACGGAGGUCCUGCUGCCAUUGUGUAUGGAAUUAUAAUCAGUGGUGUGGGGAAUCUGGCAAUCGCCACUUCACUUGCUGAACUCGCAUCAGUGCACCCGACGGCUGGGGCGCAGUAUCACUGGAGCUACGUUCUGGCACCACGCUACCGGCGCUUCAUCAGUUUCUUUCAAGGUUACACCUUCACAUUCUUUUCAUGGGCUGCACUGGCCUGCAUAUCGCCCUAUUUCAUCGGCACCGAGAUUGAAGGAAUGGCUAUCCUGGCCUAUCCGGACUAUGAUGCAAAACGGUGGCAGGGAACUCUGCUCAUGUGGGCAGUAGUCCUAAUCCCGAUCGUCAUCAAUAUCUUCGCCAGGCGCCUGCUCGCCAUCAUCGAAGUUGCAGCCGGGGUGAUGCACGUUGUCUUCCUUCCCGUGAUGAUUGCGACAUUUGUUAUUCUGGCCCCGCGCAAUUCCAAUGCUUUUGUCUGGGAUACUUUUGUGAGUGGCCUCAGUGGCUGGGAAAACCCAGGAGUCGUGUAUUCCGUGGGACUAUUGGGCGAAGUCAAGAACGCUAAAGUCGUUAUUCCUCGGUCGAUGAUCUACGGCACCAUAAUCAACUCUAUCAUGGCAUUUGGCUAUCUCAUCACCGUCCUUUAUUGUAUGGGCGACUACACCGCUGCCCUUACGAGUCCGACAGGAUACCCCAUCAUUACCAUCGCCUACCAAGCCACCGGCUCCAAAGCAGCCACAUACGUGCUUAUGUCCAUGGGCAUGCUUCCGGGCUGGAUUACACUGUUCAAUGGUCUUGCUUCUGUCACCCGACUUACAUGGGCCUUCGCGCGAGACAACGGCCUUCCGUUCUCUGAUUUCUUCGUCAAGGUUGAUCCACGAUUUAAAAUCCCAAUUCGGGCAUUGUUCCUCGUUACAACAUUGGUAAUUCUUCUCUCCUUUAUUCAGAUCGGGUCAUCAGCCGCCUUUAACGCCAUUCUCUCCUUGAGUACGUUGGGGUUAUAUAUCUCAUAUCUGAUCCCAUUGGUUCUUCUGGUGUGGAAAAGGUUCACCGCACCGAAAGACAUUCCACAGGGGGCAUUCUCUCUGGGAAAGUGGGGGCUGCCCAUCAAUCUGGUAGCAAUCCUUUUCGCCAUCUACUUCUCCAUCUUUUUACCCUUUCCGUCUGAGGUGCCGGUCACUGGGGAGACCAUGAAUUAUGCUGGGCCGGUGUUGGGCUUUGUGAUGCUAUUUGCCAUUGGGGAUUGGCUGGUGCGAGGCCGCCAUAAGUAG